AUGUUGGUGCUGAUUGUGAGACAAGAGGCACAGGCCGGAGGAAUUCCCUCAUUUCGCUCGGCUGGCAUCUCCCGAGCUUAUGGUUCUGUGUUAGGCAUAGCAAAGAAAAGGCCAGAGCACGAGCAAGGCGGCACAAGUUGCAGCUUGAAAAACAACAGAAUUUCUCCUCGUCCCUUUAAACCUACAUCAGAUCAAUGGCUCUCAUAUCUUGCCUUAAAUAAUCCGGGAUUCAGUUUCACGUAUCAAAAGUCCACCAUGGACAAAAGAUCUAUAGUUCAACAGUAUCGCCCUGAGCUUGCUCCAUUUGAAGAGAUCUAUCGCGAUAUUCAUCGAAAUCCAGAACUUUCUUUGCAGGAGGUCCGUACGGCCGCCCUCGUCGUCGAGUUUCUGGAAUCUCUUGGUGGCUACCGAGUCAUCAAGGGAAUCGGAGGACAUGGCGUUGUUGGAAUCCUAGAAAACGGAUCAGGAGCUACAGUUCUUCUUCGCGCCGAUAUGGAUGCUUUGCCUCAUUUAGAGAACACAAAUUUAGAGUAUGCAAGUACCAAGAUUGUUAAGGAUAGUGACGGAAAAGAAACACCGGUGAUGCACGCAUGCGGUCACGAUAUGCAUACUGCUGUGUUACUUGCUGAUGCAAAGAUGCUUCUCGACGCAAAAUCCGAAUGGUCUGGCACUUUAGUUGUCUUAUUUCAACCAGCGGAAGAGCUGGCAGUGGGUGCACGAGCUAUGAUCGAAGAUGGUCUUUACGAUACAUCCAGAUUCGCUGUCCCUAAGCCAGAUAUAGUACUUGGACAACACACGCAUGCUUUCAAAGCUGGUAUGGUUGCUCUUGGCGGAGGUGCGAUCUUAACAGCAGUGGAUUCAUUCGAUGUGCGGAUUUUUGGGAAAAGUGGGCAUAUUUGUCGUGCCGACUUGUGUGUUGAUCCCGUUGUGACUGCCAGUCACAUUGUGGUGCGAUUGCAAAGUAUUGUCACAAAAGAAGUGCGACCAGAAGAAUUUGCGGUGAUUGGAUGUGCCAGUAUUCAUGGUGGUAGUACCGCAAACAUCAUUCCCGACUUUGUGGAUCUGAAAAUUUCAAUCCGCUCAUACAAUCCAAGUAUUCACGAACGCUUAGUUGCAGCGGUCAAACGUGUCGUUUAUUCGGAGUGCGAGAUUUCUGGUUCUCUCGCCAUACGAGAACCGGAAUUCACAACGACUAUGCACGCUCCUCCCACUGUCAAUGAUUUUCCAGCGGCGGAAAUACUGAAGAAAUCUUUUGGAGAAUAUUUUGGAAAGAACUUGAUUCCGGCUGAUCCUUUUGGUGCCAGUGAGGAUUUCUCGUACUUGGCGUUGGGGUGUGAUGCUCCUUAUGUUUUCUAUAACUUUGGUUGUGUCGACGAGGAUACUUGGGAAGACGCAAAGACUAAAGGAACCAUGGAGAGUAUUCCCCAUAAUCAUUCUGCAUUCUUUGCACCAAAGAUCCAGCCAACAAUGACUACUGCUGUAGAUGCCUUCGCACUUGCGGCUUUGACAUUCUUCGAUAGAGGCGGAGUCAAAUGA